ACCGCGGCCAGUGGGAGCCGCGAUUGGCCGAACCUGUGGAUGCGACAGGCUGCCGCACAGUGUAGCUUGGACGUUGUGAGUUCCCAAACGCUGGUAAAAGGGACAGAGUGGGCAAUGAAAAUGGACAUGGAGGAUGCUGACAUGACUCUGUGGACAGAGGCUGAUUUUGAAGAGAAGUGUACAUACAUUGUAAAUGAUCACCCCUGGGAUCCCAGCGAUGAUGGAAGCACCAUAACUCAGGCAGAGGCGUCCUUGCCAAGGAACUUGACUUUCAAAUAUACAUCGAACUGCAAAGAGGUUACUGGAGUUGUAAGUAAAGAGUACAUCCCGAAAGGAACACGUUUUGGACCCCUGGUAGGAGAGAUCUAUACCAACGAUACAGUUCCCAAGAAUGCAAACAGAAAAUACUUUUGGCGGAUCUAUUCCAGUGGUGAACUUCACCACUUCAUUGACGGAUUUAAUGAGGACAAGAGCAAUUGGAUGCGCUAUGUGAACCCAGCCCAUUCUGUUCAGGAACAGAAUUUGGCAGCUUGUCAGAAUGGAAUGAACAUCUAUUUCUACACUAUCAAGCCCAUCCCUGCCAACCAAGAACUACUUGUGUGGUAUUGUCCGGACUUUGCAGAGAGACUGCACUAUCCUUCCUCCAGAGAGCUGAUGAUGAAUCUCACACAAAGCCACGUUAAUCCAAAGCAGCAAAGCACUGAUAAAAAUGAGCUUUAUCAGAAAAGUAUCCCAAAGAGAGAGCAUAGUGUGAAAGAAAUCCUGAAAACUGAACCCAACAAUUCAAAAGGAAAGGACUUAUUCCAGACUAACAUUUCACCAAUUACUCCAGAAAAACACUUGGAUGACUUGAGAAAAAACUGUAGCCCAGAAAGGUCUUUCUUUCCUCGUGUUGUCUAUCCAAUCCGACCUCACAUUCCAGAAGAUUAUUUGAAAACUUCCCUAGUUUAUGGGAUGGAAAGACCUAGCUACAUUACUCACUCACCCAUCCAGUCUUCUACCACACCAAGUCCUUCAGCAAGGAGCAGCCCAGACCAAAGCUUAAAAAGCUCAAGCCCACACAGCAGUCCAGGGGUUACAGUUUCUCCUCUGGCACCUACUUCUCAAGAACACAGAGAAUCUUACCCAUACUUGAAUGGACCCUAUGGCUCAGAAGGAUUGGGGUCUUAUCCUAGAUAUGCGCCCCCUAGCCAUCUCUCACCGUUUUUAUCCUCUUAUAAUUCCCCGUUUCAAAAAUUGCUGUUACCUCCGUACAGUAUGAGCUGUACUAAUCUGAGUGCUUUGAACAAUAUUAAUGGCAUCAACAAUUUCAAUCUGUUCCCAAGGAUGUAUCCUCUCUAUAGCAACCUACUCAACGGAGGAAGUCUUUCCCAUCACAUGCUGAACCCAGCUCCUCUUCCAAGUUCAUUGCCACCUGAAGGAGGCCGUAGAUUGCUACAACCCGAUCAUCCAAGAGACUUUCUCAUACCAGCACCUAACAGUGCCUUUUCCAUCACAGGCGCUGCUGCCAGCAUGAAAGACAAACCAUGCAGCCCAACCAGUGGGUCCCCCACAGCUGGCACAGCAGCCACUUCAGAACACAUAAUGCAACCUAAACCUACCUCAGCAGUGUUGGCUGCCACCAGUGAAGAAGCCAUGAAUCUCAUUAAAAGUAAGAGGAAUGUGACUGGUUACAAAACCCUUCCAUAUCCACUGAAGAAGCAGAAUGGGAAGAUCAAGUAUGAAUGCAAUGUUUGCUCCAAGACCUUUGGCCAGCUCUCCAAUCUGAAGGUCCACCUCAGAGUACAUAGUGGAGAGAGACCAUUCAAAUGUCAGACUUGCAAUAAAGGGUUCACUCAGCUGGCUCAUCUCCAGAAGCACUAUCUGGUACACACAGGAGAAAAGCCUCAUGAGUGUCAGGUUUGCCAUAAACGAUUCAGCAGUACUAGCAAUCUAAAGACCCAUCUGCGACUCCACUCUGGAGAAAAGCCUUAUCAGUGCAAGCUGUGCCCUGCUAAAUUCACCCAGUUUGUACACCUGAAGCUGCACAAGCGUCUCCAUACCAGGGAACGGCCACACAAGUGUGUCCACUGCCACAAGAGCUAUAUUCACCUCUGCAGCCUCAAAGUCCAUCUGAAAGGCAAUUGCCCUGUAGCCCCUGCCUCUGGCCUCUCAAUGGAGGACCUGAAUCGUAUCAAUGAAGAGAUUGAGAAGUUCGACAUCAGUGACAGUGCUGACAGGUUGGAAGAUGUGGAGGACAAUAUCGAUAUGGCAUCUGUUGUCGAAAAAGAAAUACUGACCAUGCUCAGAAGAGAGAUAGAAGGAGCGAGUCUUAAAGUAUCUUUGCAGAGGAACAUGGGAAAUGGACUUAUCUCCUCAGGAUGUAACCUUUACGAAUCUUCAGACAUGUCAGUUAUGAAGUUGCCUCAUGGUCAUCCACUACCUCUGUUACCUAUAAAGGUCAAGCAAGAAACAGUUGAACCAAUGGACCCUUAAGACUUCUUUGGGGGAAAAAAAGUGAUUUUUAUUUAUGACUUGGCAAGUCAGGGUGCCUGUAGCAAUUGCUUGUACAUAGUUUCUAUGCUGCAAAGCAAUCUUGGCUUACAGUAGUUUCCCUCAUCCUCCAGUUGAAAGAAGGAACUCCAAAGUUACUAUAUUCUCAGGGCAUGAAAAGAGGCAAGGACUAUGUAUUGCCUCCCCACUUACUAAAGACAAUCAUCAAUCCAUAAUUACCUUUUUCAAUGACAGUUCUUCAUAAUUUAUUAUGCAAUUUACCAUUCUAAAAGCAAUAAUUAGCAAACGUUUACAAUGACCAGAAAAUUCGUUGUAAUUUUGAAUAUAAAUCUUUAUAUUUUUGUCUUAUGGCCAUUCUUUGUAGAUAAUUUUUUUCUCUGCACAUCUGUUUUAAAAACCUAAGAUUAGGGGGGAAACAUUACUUCAGUAAAUGUGUCUAUGUACCAGUGUUUUUGAAAAUGAGGUUUUUUUAUUGCCAAAGGUGGGUAUUUGACAUGUUGAAUGGGUUGAAAAGUGCUGUGUACUUUCAUGGAGCAGGUGCAAAAUCAUUCGCCCCCUCCCCCCAAAAAUGUGACUAGCAGUAAACAGGGGAAAGAAAACCAUACCUGCCUUUCUGUGAGUUGUAGAGAGAUUCUUCUACCUGCAGCACUACCCAUAACAGAUGUGGAAUAACAAACACCCAGCCUCACAUAAAUAAUAUAACAGAGAGGCUUUUAGAAAACAAUAGUAGACACGUUACAUUCUGUGACUUUGUAAUCCAAAGCAAUGCAUGAUUGUGAAAAAGUGGCUGUUUUUAAAAACGACUAUUAAACUUUUUGCAAAAGCAGUUUAAAAGUCAAACAUAUAGCUAUCCCAAAUGUGCUGCCUACAAGGAGCAUUUGGCUGAGAUUUUAUUGCCAGAGUCUUCUGGGGAUCAAAAGAUGGUCAGGUUCCUUGAGAAAUAGGGUUUUUUUUGUUUUUAUUUCCCCCACACACACACUUUCCUUGGGCAGAAGGAGAUAAUGAAGUCCUUUCCUGGCACCUUUUUUUUUAUUUUUUUAUUUUAUUUUAUUUUGCUUCCUGUACGAUUCAGAGUUUCUUCAGUAUUUGUGUUUGUACAUUUUGUGGUUAAUUUAAUUAAAGAUGAAAAGGGCAUUGGCAAAGUUGUUGAACAACAAUUACCUCAUUGCGUGUGUCCAGUGGUGCAGAAAAUGCUGUUUUAUCUAAUGCUUUGCUACUUUAGAGAAGAAACCAAAUGUUCACAGAAAAGAUAGAAUGCACGUUCUCUUAUCUUUUUGUUUUGCUAAGCCCAAAGAUAUCAUGUUGGCAUUGGAGGUGUAGCAAAGAACACAUGUAUAUUUAUAGAUAUAUUUAUAUCACUAUACCAUAUAUGUAUAUAGAUAUAUAUUUAUACCACUUAACUUGUGAGCCAAACCAUGUAAUAAAACCUAUUUUUCAUCUAA